AUGUUGCCCGAUGGUACCCAGCAGGCCAACGGAUCCACUGUGACACCACAGGAUCUCUCAGAGCGGUCUCGCCGUUCCCGAGAACACCACCCCUUAGACCAGCACAUAAAUAAGGCUUUGUGCCGACAUGAGUGGAUCUCCAAAGACAGAAAUUGGACGCGCCAGGAGCUUGACAGGGAACGUGCAGAUUUCUUUGAUACUCGAGUCACAGGUCGGCCCGAAAUUUGGCAGACCGUUCACGUUGCUCUGCAAAUGCUUUGGGAACCAAACCACGAAUCUAACGACGACGGUAUGCAAGGCCUCGGCACCGCCCAGUCCAUUCUCUCUGCUGCUGAGAUAUCGUUGCCCACGGGCGACCUCUCGAGUGGCGUUUAUGACUCAUUUGGCAAUUACUACCAGCUGCCACAAUGGGUUGUUGCCAACCCCAGCAACAUGAUCAGAGAUAAUUGUAGUAGAACCAGCGGCAAUAUUUCGGCGCUUGACAAAUAUAUAAUUGGAGAAGGUGAUGAUGAACCAUCCACAGAUGACGCCGAGCGGGAAGGGGCGGGGGCCAAAGGCCGCCAUACCGUUCUGGACCAGGUCACUGUACGCGCACGCCUCAGUGAGACUGGUCUCGAUGUUGAUAUAAUCAUCAGCAAGUUUGACACGGUGCGAAAUGUGACGAAAGCGAUAACAUCUAAAUCAGCGCUUUCUACUACGAAGAUGAUUCGAUUAGCCUACAUGGGUAAGAUAUUGAAGGAGAACAUGUCUCUCGAGGCUCAGGGUUGGCAGAAUGGCUAUAUCGUCAAUGCCCUCGUCUUUGACCGAUAG